AUGGCGCGGCGCGAGGCGGCGAGGCUUCUCCGCCGCCUGGGCCCGCUCGCCGUCGAAUCGCCGACGCGAGGCAUGCCUCAUAGUCAACAUGAAUCCACAAACCGCAUUGUGAAUUCUUGUAGAAGAUUCCACUGGAUUCCCAGUCUACAGCGCCCUCUGUGUGGACCUACAACUAGUGGGGGAAUAUAUGAAGGUCAAAGCAGUGCUAACAAGGCUUGUGAAGUUCAGAAGCGCACAUUUGGUUCUGCUGCAACACACAUUCAGAGGAAUCCAGCCUAUUCAGAGCUGAACUCUGAUGAUGUUUCUUACUUCAAGAGUGUCUUGGGUGAAAAUGGUGUAGUUCAGGAUGAAGACAGAGUCGCAGUUGCAAAUGUAGAUUGGAUGGGUAAAUACAGGGGUGCAAGUCAGCUAUUACUUUUACCAAAAAAUACUACAGAGGUUUCUAAGAUUCUUUCAUAUUGCAACACCAGACGAUUGGCUGUGGUUCCACAGGGUGGCAACACAGGUCUUGUAGGUGGCAGUGUGCCUGUUUAUGAUGAGGUGAUUGUUGGCCUCGCAGGCAUGGACAAAAUCAUUUCCUUUGAUAAUGUAAAUGGUAUUCUUACUUCUGAAGCUGGUUGUGUGUUGGAGAAUUUAAGUAAGCUCGUGGAAAAUGAAGGGUUUAUUAUGCCACUUGACUUGGGAGCAAAAGGUAGUUGCCACAUUGGUGGGAAUAUUUCAACUAAUGCCGGUGGCCUGCGUUUCAUACGCUAUGGUUCACUUCAUGGAAGUGUACUCGGUCUUGAAGUUGUCCUGGCUGAUGGGACUAUCCUUGAUAUGCUUACUACUUUAAGGAAAGACAAUACUGGGUAUGAUUUGAAGCACUUAUUUAUUGGAAGCGAAGGCUCACUAGGAGUAGUCACCAAAAUAUCAGUACUUACGCCUGCAAAGCUACCAUCAACUAAUGUUGCAUUUCUUUCCUGCAAUGACUACAAAAGCUGUCAGAAAUUACUUCUGGCAGCAAGGAGGAGCUUGGGUGAGAUCUUGUCUGCAUUUGAAUUCAUGGAUCAUCACUGUAUUGAUCUGGCUAUGCGACAUGUGGAAGGAGUUCACAAUCCGUUACCUGCAUCACCGUACAAAUUUUAUGUUUUAAUUGAGACAACAGGAAGUGAUGAAUCAUAUGACAAAACAAAACUGGAAGCAUUUUUGUUGCGUUCAAUGGAAGAUGGUCUAGGUAUAUCAGAAGCAUCUGUCAAAGUUGGUGCUGUGUAUAAAUAUGACUUGUCCAUACCUGUAGAGAAGCUCUAUGAUAUUGUUGAAGAAAUGCGCUGCCGUCUUGGUGAUAGCGCAGAGGUAUUGGGCUAUGGCCACCUUGGAGAUGGGAAUCUGCAUUUGAACAUUGUAUCAAGCAAAUAUGACGACAAUACUCUUGGACGAAUUGAACCAUUUGUCUAUGAAUGGACUUCAGCACAAAGAGGAAGCAUCAGUGCAGAGCAUGGUUUGGGGCUAAUGAAAGCUGAGAAGAUUCACUACAGUAAAUCACCUGAAGCAGUGCAACUAAUGGCCUCCAUCAAGAAGUUGCUGGACCCCAAUUCGAUCCUGAACCCCUACAAGGUUCUGCCGCAGUCAGUACUGUAG